AUGGCGACUCCUGGUUACCCUCAGUUCUUUUGUACCCGCCCUGAUGGGUCUCUGACCCCACUGCUUGCUGCUGAUGAGCUCCCUUCCCAUAUUACCAUCCACGGUGUCCCUCGCAUUAUCAAUGCCGGAGAGACCCAGGGGAUGACCAGCUGCGGUCUGGCCCCUCGACGCGCUGAACCUUGGUCUGUUGAUGGUGUUACCCAGUCCGCUGAACGUGAGGCUGGAAAGGAGCCGUUGCAUGAUAUGCACGGUCUUCUGAUGGAGAUAAUCACCAACAACAAUGUGGCUGAGCCCAUGCGGGCUUCCGCUCAAGCUCUUCUGAUUCGAGGAAUCGAGCGUCACGAUAUUUCCGGCGAGGGGACUCCUGCUAGUGAAAUGUCUCCAAUUACCCCGACCUUCCAUGCAAAGAACCCCCAGAUGAGUAACAAGCUUACCUCGGGUUCUAAAAAGGAGUACUGCUCCUACUGGAUCCGUCACGGUGAAUGUGAUUAUGCCCAGCAAGGUUGCCUCUUCAAGCAUGAAAUGCCUGUUGAUAUGACCAUGAUCGAGAAGCUCGGUCUUCGUGACAUCCCUCGCUGGUACCGCGAGAAGUACAACGUCCCGAGUCUUUUGCAGACAGGCCAUGGGGGACGUCCUCACCUUGCCAUUACUGAGCAGAUGCCCAUGCGUGCCUUGCCGUCCCCAGCUCCUCACACUGAGAGCUGCGCCAGCAAGGUUGCCACCGUUAAUGCGAACCUGACCGCUAAAAAGUCCCCAACUCAAUUCGACAAAUCACCUCCCCGUGGUCCUGCGAACCGUGGAGGUCACAGCGGUUUUGCCAACUACAAUCAGCACCGUGGAGCCCGUAAUGGGGUCACAAAUGGACAUCACGCAAACAACUGGAAGAGCACCCACCGCGGUGGUCGUAACCGGAACGUGGGCUACGCCCGCCCUACUAUUAUUAGCACUGAUCGCGAUGGUGGGCGCAGCGGCGAAUGUUCCCCAGGCAUGGGAUCCCCCCGAGUCGCAUUCGACUAUGGUGCCCACGGUUUUAGCGGCAACCGAGUCUGUACCCCGACUACUCCAGUCGCUGUUCCAUCUAAUAUUCCCAUCAAUGUCUAUGCUACUGGCCAUCCUGGCACUCCCAUCGCUGCCCAGCGAUCUCUUCUGGACGAUGGUAACUCCCGCAACCAGAAUGCAUACUGGCCACUCAAUGAGCUGACCGAGUACAAUGAAGACAUGUUCGAGGAAAUUCCAAACAAGCCAACUGAACUCCGUCCCCGUCGCUCUGGCCAUGUCUACCAGCAAAGUUCGACCACUUCUUCCGAUGGCGGUGUGAUGCUCCCCACCAUGACCUACGAUUCGAACUUCGGUGCGUUCGCCCAGGCCGACAUUUCUGGUCACAAGCAGUCAUCUUCCGACAGUUCCCAAGGUACCGUCAAGGCAAACUAUGAAUCCUUGACUCCAAAGAUCAGAGACCUGCACGUCGGUGACAAUGUGCCUUUGACCGCGGCCGAGACUCGUGUCACCUGGGGUCCCAUUGGAGGUCCCAUUCUCAAGCGCACUUCCCCUCCGGCUGAGGAAAUCCCGCAUCUGUUUGGAUCUUUCCCCAGCACUCCGCGUGGUAACUAG